UGCAUUACUGUGUAAGAUGCAUUUUAAUGUAGCAGGUUGGACUGCAUCUACUUGUACUUUAUAGUAGUUUUAUUCAUAAUAAUGCAUAAUAUUUUUUUAUUUUGUAUGUACAAUUGUAAUCUGCAGAUCAACUUGUAACUAAAACUGUUUAAUAAUUCAAUUGGAGUAGAAAGUACAAUAUCCCCUCUCAACCGUAGUCGUUAACUAAAAAAGUAUAUAAAUGGAUGAACUCAAGUAGAGUACCUCAAAACUGUACUGUACUUACUGCAUAGAACUUAAUUAAUGUACUUUUCCAAAAUACAUAAAAAGUAUAAAAGAGCUUUUAAAAUUUGACUUGAUGUUGAAAUCUUGACUAGGCGUUACAAUAAGGGAUCCCUGUUACUGUGUUUUGUAAAGUGUAAUAUAUGGCCAAUGCCUUCUUACUCAAGGAAAAAACACAUUCUUAUAUCAAAACCAACACCUGCCUAUUAGGUUACUUACUAAAAAGAUGAAUAUCAGUCUUAAAGCUUACCGUUUUUAGCUGGAUUUGUAAUCAUACAGUAUUGUUGGUGUUGCUCUUACUAUGUCAUUUCAGAUGAGUGUGGAAGUGGAAAGAAAAUUUGUGUGCAAUGCCGACACUCUGAAAACUCUGGAGAAGAUCGGGGCAGUGUGUCUUGGCCAGCGUCAGUUUUGUGACCAGUACUUUGACACCCCCAAGUUUGAGCUGACUUUGAGAGACUUGUGGCUGCGUAAACGUAAAGAAUGCUGGGAGCUAAAGUGCCCAACCGCAGUCAACGGGACAAUAGAGACGUCUGGAGAACAAUCUAAAGCGGCAGCAUUGUGUUCCCGCUACAAGGAGAUAACCAAUCUACCUGAAAUUCAACUGAGAUUGAAAGAGGUUCUAAAAGAUGUUUGUAAUGACAGAGAGACAGAGACAAGCCGCUCACAGGAGGAUGAGUCCUGGCUGAGCAAAAUGAAUCUGGUGUGCUUUGCAGAGUUUACAACAGUGCGGAGGUCAUUCACUUUAGAGGAGGAGGGGGUGCAGAUAGAUCUUGACCAAGCUGACUUUGGCUACAGUGUGGGAGAGAUAGAGGUCCUAGUUCCAGAGGGAGGAGAUGUGCAGUCUGCCUUAGAGAAGAUCGAAAGAACGGCUGGAAUGCUGGGUCUAACUGGAGAUCAGCGAGUUGAAGGAAAAAUGAAUGUUUACCUUAAAAGAAAUUACCCAGAGCACUAUGCAAAAUUACUGAGUGAACAUGUUCUGUAGGACAUAUUAUGCACAGUCUGUAACACUUGCACCCAAAUAGAUUUUAAGAUGUACAUAGUCAUAUCUGUAAAAUAAGGCAUUGUUUAUUAGAAAGCCUAAUUUUGAUUAAAAUGUUGUUUUUUUUAACUUAAAGACUCACUGUAUCAGCACGGUAGAGACCUUAAUAUCUCAUAUUUCCUGAAUUAGAAACUUUAGAAAACAGCAAUAGGCCUUUGAAAUUAACAUUUUCAGUGUGAUUAGUGUCCUAAUACACCCCAUGCAACAGUUAUGUUUUUUAUCUGGCUGUAUUAAGGAGCGUGUGAGAGGAGGUGUGAAUACUGGAAAUAAACGGUGUGCCAUACUGUCGAUUUACCAUUACUGAUGA